AGCUGGAGGAAUUGGAAAAUAAGGAGUUGGAAAGUAGUUUCGUUUUCUCCGUCUAGUAACCUUGGACUUGAAAGAACAAUGAACAAAACAGAGGCUGAUCCGACAGAAAUAAUGGAUAAAGAAACCCUCACCACUGAGAGUGCAGAGACGAUGGAGGACCAAGAGAACUAUGGAGAAGGAGACACAGUAGAUGCAAAACCUGACCGCAAAGGGAGAUUUAUGCUUUUUGGCAGUAAGAAGAAGGAUGGCAAGUUGCAGGAAAAAGAGCAAUCUUCUGAAAGCCAUUACAGGAUUGUUUCUCCAACAUUCCAGUAUAAGAUGAGCCACCAGCGCGUUGGCAAGUGCAUCAUCAUCAACAACAAGAACUUUGAUGAAAAGACAGGGAUGAAUGUACGCAAUGGCACAGAUCGAGAUGCUGAAGAGCUGUCCAAGUGCUUUAAAAACUUGGGCUUUGAAGUUUUCAUCUACGAUGACCAGACCUGCAGGAACAUGGAGCGGCUACUUAAAGAAGUCUCAGAAGAGGACCACAGCGACAGCUCCUGCUUCGCCUGCAUCUUGCUGAGCCACGGCGAGGAGGGCAUGAUUUACGGCACGGACGGAGCAAUGCCCAUCAAGAGCAUGACCUCGUUCUUCAAAGGAGACAUGUGCAAGAGCCUCGUGGGCAAGCCCAAGCUCUUUUUCAUCCAGGCUUGUCGGGGUUCAGAGUUUGAUGAUGGUGUACAAACAGACUCAGGACCGCCCAAUGACACGACAGAUGCCAAUCCAAGACACAAGAUUCCGGUAGAGGCAGACUUCCUGUUUGCUUAUUCAACUGUGCCAGGUUACUACUCCUGGAGGAAUCCGGGCCGAGGCUCCUGGUUUGUCCAGGCCCUCUGUAACGUUCUGAAUGAGUUUGGCAAGCAACUUGAGAUCAUGCAGAUCCUCACUCGGGUCAACUACAUGGUGGCCACCUACUUCGAGUCCUGGUCAGAGGACCCUCAUUUUAGCGAGAAGAAACAGAUACCUUGUGUGGUGUCCAUGUUGACUAAAGAGCUCUACUUCAACUGAUCUGAGCAGACCAUCUUCACAUGCUGUGCUCCGUCUGCCUUUUCACAGCACGCACAUUUUCUUGCCAAGGACUUUAUAGUAGCACACUUUUAAUUUGUUAUCUUUUAACAGUAAAUAUUAACCAAAUUCUUAACCUUUUUUGUCAUUGAUCCGCCAUAAGGAGGGAAACCUCGGUCUAAUACUUGAGCAAAAUA